AUGAUACAAAAACCGAUUUUAUUAUCCUCGUUUCUGUUUCUCUACAUCCGUGCAUUAUUACAUAGUAUACAUCCGUACAUCCGUACAUCCGUACAUCUGUACACAAAAAAAAUCACCUCAUACAAUUUUUUAGGAGUGCCGUUUAAAUGA